GGACCUUCACGCUCAUCUCCUCACCCCAAGGACCUUCACGCUCAUCUCCUCACCCCAAGGACCUUCACGCCCAUCUCCUCACCCCAAGGACCUUCACGCUCAUCUCCUCGCCCCAAGGACCUUCACGCCCAUCUCCUCGCCCCAAGGACCUUCACGCCCAUCCCGAACCGCGUUCCGUGGGAAGCUGCUCCGUGUCCGGCAGGAUGGAGCUCUUGGCUUCCAUCGCCUUCCAAGCUGUGCUUGUGGUGGCACUGGGACACCGGGACCCCACGCUGGAUUGGCACUGGGAGCUCUGGAAGAAAACUUACGGCAAAGAGUACGGCCACGAGAAAGAGGAAGGGAAGCGACGCGUGACGUGGGAGAGGAACCUACGCCUGGUGAUGCUUCACAACCUGGAGCACUCGCUGGGGCUGAGGUCCUACCAGCUGGCCAUGAACCACCUGGCUGACAUGAGCAGUGAGGAAGUGGUGGCUUUGAUGACUGGGCUGAACGUUGCUCCUCAGCGAAACCGGACCACCACGUACCGACCGCAACCGGGCAGCAAAGUCCCGGACGCGGUGGACUGGAGGGAGAAGGGAUGCGUCACGGAGGUCAAGAACCAGGGUGCCUGUGGGUCGUGUUGGGCGUUCAGCUCCGUGGGAGCCCUCGAAGCCCAGAUGAAGCUGAAGACGGGGAAGCUGGUGUCCCUGAGCGCCCAGAACCUCGUUGACUGCUCCAUCAUGUACGGCAACAAAGGCUGUGGGGGCGGAUGGGAAACCAACGCUUUCCAGUACAUCAUCGACAACCGGGGCAUCGACUCGGAGGAGUCCUACCCCUACACGGGUCAGGAAGGCGCGUGCCGCUACAACCCGGCAGCGCGGGCGGCUACGUGUUCCGGGUACGUGGAGCUGCCGUACGGCAAUGAAACCGCGCUGAAGGACGCCGUUGCCAACGUGGGGCCCAUCUCUGUCAACAUCGAUGCCCGCCAGCCCACCUUCUUCCUCUACAAAUCUGGUAUCUACCACGACCCGAACUGCUCUCAGGUGGUGAACCACGCCGUGCUCGUCGUCGGCUACGGCUCUUUGGAUGGGCAAGACUACUGGCUCGUGAAGAACAGCUGGGGGGUCCAUUUCGGUGACCAGGGCUACAUCCGGAUGGCGAGGAACCGUGGGAACCACUGCGGCAUCGCCAGCUACGCUGUUUACCCCCGGAUCUAGAAGGGUCUUUGCUCUUGGGAUGAGCUUUGAGAUGCCACCACUCACCCUGCUGACCUCCAGCGUGCCCGGCUCCGUUCCAGCCUUCUCUUCUUGAGGAACGCAGUUGUGUUUCUACAGACGAUCCGCAGGAACUUGGAGGGAUCACGGUUGGCUUCUUCAAACAUCUCAUCCAGAAGGACCAUCUCGUUCUUUCUCUCUCCCCAGGAAGCUCUUGAGAUGCCGUUUUGCUUCCUCCUCUUUCUUAAAGAUAUUUUUUUGUAGCCAUUUAAUGUCCCGCGGAGCUUCGUAGGGGUGAGAAAUGUCCCCUCCUGCCUGGGUGGCCUCGGUGGGAAGCGGAGGAUGCCCUGAGCGGAGGUUGGACGGUGAUUUCCAAGCGCUGGUUGUGUUUUCAGCGUGGAUCUCCUGCUGUCCAUGCGAUGCUGAGGCUGCGCAGCUCAACUCCAUCCCAUCACUGGAUUUAAACCGUGUCUUCCCCACCCAAAAGUCAAUAAAGGUGAUUUUCUUUUCCUAAGAGAUGGUUUUGCUCCAAUGGGUGCCGUGAGAUGGGAGCUCAGGUCAACCCCUCAGCUCUUGGCCGGACACACGUGGGGUUCCCGGAGCUCAGCGUUGGGGACACACGUGUUUAAUGUCCUUAUCCGUCAUCUGGAUG